GCAGGCGAGGGGCUGGUGAGCGAGACCGAGGAGAAUCCCGAACAGGACAGUCCGGAGCCAGCAGAACUGUAUGGGACGUUCCCGGGACGUUCCCAGAGCCCUCAGCGGGGAGCGGCCUGCGAGCGUCAGGAAGACAAUGCCAUGGCGGAGAGAGCGGGUGAGUCCGCACUGUAUGGGGCGGAUUUUACAGGCCCCCACGGGACCGUGGCCCAGCCCAGAGCCUCCCCGGGAGACAGACUCUUCACGUGUCCCGAGUGCGGGAAGGGCUUCGGCCAGAGCGCGCACCUCAUCCGGCACCAGACGGUGCACACGGGGGAGCGGCCCUACAAGUGCCCUGAGUGCGGGAAGGGCUUCAGCCAGAGCUCGGACCUGACCACGCACCGGCGCGUCCACACGGGCGAGGAGCCCUACGCCUGCGCCGAGUGCGGCAAGCGCUUCGCCCAGAGCUCCAACCUGAUCCGGCACCAGCGCACCCACACGGCCGAGACCCCCUACCGCUGCCCCGACUGCGGCAAGCGCUUCCGCCGCAGCUCCCACCUCGUCAUGCACCAGCGCACCCACACCGGGGAGCGCCCCUACCGCUGCCCCGACUGCGGCAAGCGCUUCAGCCACAGCUCCCACCUGCACCGGCACCAGCGCAUCCACACGGGCGAGCGCCCCUACAAGUGCCCCGACUGCGGGAAGAGCUUCGGCGUCAAGUCCACCCUGGUGACGCACCGGCGGGUGCACACGGCCGAGCGGCCCUACGCCUGCGCCGACUGCGGCCGGGCCUUUGCCCAGAGCUCCACCCUCAACCGGCACCGGCGCACGCACGCGGCCGAGCGCCCCUACCGCUGCCCCGACUGCGGCAAGAGCUUCAUCCAGAGCUCCAACCUGGUCACCCACCUGAUCCUGCACACGGGCGAGCGCCCCUUCCACUGCCCCCGCUGCCAGAAAACCUUCAGCCAGAGCUCCAACCUCAGCCGCCACCAGAGGACUCACGCGGGGCGCCGAGCCCGCCCCUGCCCCGAGUGCGGGGAGAGCGUCCCGCGCGGCGCCGGCCUGUCCGCCCACCAGAGACGCCACGCGGGGCAGGAGACGCCCUCGCCGCCCUGCUAGGGCCAGCUGGUCCCCCUGGUACCCACC